AUGGAUGAUACAGAUGGGAGCGUUAAUGUUGUUGCGUUGGAUUUGGGUGCAAUACCAUCUGGCUCCCUAAAGCGUGGUUCGAACCUCCCGCCCCCGACCCCCGGAACUGGACGCAAACUUAGAAAGUUCUACGUUGAAGAAUUGGAUGGCGAUGAUGAUGGGGUGUCCGUUGACCGUGUGGAUGUUACCGAUGUGCUGCCUGUGCGCCCCUUCGUGAUGCUCGAAGCCUCUUUCGCCUUUCAUACACAUUCACGUGUUAUGCCUAACGGGUUGAUCCAAUACGUUUGUGGGCUAAAACUGAUUGGCCAGGCUGGAACGGACAGAGGUGACACUCAAAUACAACCGCCAGCUGUUACAGUGGCCACUGGUACUACCGCUAGAGUGGGCACAGGAGAAUCAAUAAAAGGUCGUCCCCAUAUUUCCUCAUCAACGUCCCUCUGGGACGCAGUAAAAACAUCAUGCGGAGCGAUGCAGUGCAGAUGCGGCCUGUUUUAUGUCCACCAACAACAUAUUCUCCCUCCGUAUCUGCCCAAGGUCUACAUCGUUAUCUACGAUGUUUACUACUAUCCUUUUACCAUUUCCGUAACUAUUACGUUUUUUGCAGACAAUAUUUCCUGCACGCCACGGAAUUCUCAUCAAAACGUAGCGGGCCCAUCGCGUCUGCUUCCUUCUCGCCCUAAAAAAACAGAAGGUGUUCGUAUUCGCACCCCACGUAGGGCAGCGUUUGCAUCAACAGGUGCGCAUGUUAAGUACCAAAGCCUUGGCCGUCCAACCUUCACAUGCCAUAAUUGUGCAGCGAUCAUGUGGUAUGAAGAGAGGAAUAAAAAUACAAAGUUGUCUGAUGGGACGACUUUCUCUUCGUGCUGCCAGGAUGGCAAGGUUUUGCUUGCUCACCUUCUUGAUGCUCCUGAACCAUUAAGAUCAUUACUUGAUUGUAACGACCCAGAGACAGUUAGAUUCAGAGAACAUAUUAGAGUGUACAAUAGCAUGUUCUGUUUCACAUCAUUUGGGGGAAAGAUUGAUCAUGCUAUAAACAGUGGUAGAAGCCUAUACACCUUCCGAAUAAGUGGUCAGAACUACCACCGAAUAGGAGCCAUGUUGCCAGUUGAAGGUGAACAACCUAGAUAUGCUCAACUGUAUUUCUACGACACGCAAAAUGAAGUCAAAAACCGUAUAGCUGCUUUGUUUGGCCAGGCCCAUUGUCACAACACAUGUGAUGAAGCAAUUGUUGCGUCCCUCAUCAGAAUGUUAGACAAACACAGUUCUUUGGCUAACGCCUUCCGAAUGGCGCGUGACUGGUGCACUCAGAAUGAAAGCAACAAUUUUGCUGUUCUUAUCACAAACGACUUUGGGGAAAACACCGAGCCACGUGAUGUUAUCGUCAGUACAAAGCACAGCGCGCUUCAACGGAUAUCAGAAUUACAUCAGCUUUACAUGCCUUUGCAGUAUCCAUUGUUGUUUCCGUACAGAGAGACCGGGUUCCACGAGCGAAUACGCUACCAUGACAACACCGGACGUCGGGCGACUAAACGACAGUGUGUCACGAUGUGGGAAUACUACUGCUACAGAAUCCAUUAUCGCAACAAUGAAGGCACCACCCUGUUAAGAGGCGGUCGUUUAUUCCAACAAUAUUUGGUUGACUCAUAUGCGGCCAUCGAAGAACAAAGGUUGUGCUGGAUGAGGAAUAACCAAAAUGAGCUGCGCGUUGAACUCUAUCAUAAUGUUUGUGACACUGUGACGCGUGGGGAUACAAAUGCUGAGGCUAUCAGACAACGUAUAGUUUUGCCGGCAACCUUUACGGGCAAUCCAAGAUAUAUGAUCCAAAAUUACCAAAAUGCCAUGGCUCUGUGCCGUGCUUUUGGGAACCCCGACCUGUUUGUAACAUUUACAGCUAACCUAAAAUGGCCUGAAAUCGAAGACAUGGUAUCUCUCAUAUCAGGACAGAAGUCUCAUGACCGUGCAGAUGUUGUAUCACGUGUUUUUAAGCUAAAGCUGACCUUCUUGAUUGAAGAUAUUAUGAAGAAACAAAUCUUUGGCAACUGCAGAGCAGUUGUUUACACAAUUGAGUUUAAAAAACGAGGCCUACCGCACGCGCACCUUUUUUUGUGGCUUGAACAUUCUGCCGCGUCUCGCACGCCUGCUGGUAUAGAUGAUUUGAUUUCAGCCGAGAUCCCAUCGAAAAUUGACGAUCCAUCCGGCUAUAAGGCUGUAACAGAUUACAUGUUGCAUGGUCCAUGUGGGAAUGAUGCGCGCAGUGCUCCGUGUACAACAGAUGGAAAAUGCAUGAAACACUUUCCGAAACUAUUUUAUCGAGAAACGACAAUUGACGAAGACGGUUACCUGGUUUAUCGACGACGAGAUACCAAGAUUUUCUUUAUGAAGGGCAAAACGAAGCUUGACAAUCGGUUUGUCGUCCCAUACAACCGUUAUCUCCUCUUAAAGUACGAAUCGCACAUCAAUGUUGAAUGGUGCAACCAGUCCCGAGCAAUAAAAUACCUGUUUAAAUACUUAAACAAGGGGCCAGACAGGGCUACAAUGGUUGUUCAGGAAAACAUUGGUAAUGAUGGUGAGAGGCGUGCACAACAGAUUGUUAAGGUCGAUGAGAUUAAAAACUAUUUGGAUUGCUGGUACUUAUCGUCGUGUGAAGCUGUGUGGAGAAUGCUUGCAUUUCCUAUACAUUACUCAUUCCCAUCCGUCAUGAAGCUAACGUUCCAUACACCUAACCAACAUCUGCUCACGUUACGUGAUUCGGACAGUUUGCCAGCCCUGUUAAACCGGGACGGGAUACGAGACACGCUGUUCACCCAAUGGUUUGCGCUGAACAACAGAGAUGCAGCGGCAAGAAAGUUUACGUACGCCGAGAUACCAACAAAGUAUGUGUGGUAA